AUGUCCAACCAGCAAGUGGGUGUGGUGUUCGAGAAGGUGAUCCAGGAGGUCUGUGAUGCCUCCCAGGUCGAUUUUGAAGAAAGCGGUGUCGACCAACAGACCCUGCACGACCUGCGUGACGCCUGGCAAAAGAAGCUCUCCUCUGUGAAUGUCGCUCAUUUCCCCUGGGAUCCGGCCCCGCCACAGCCUACUCAGAACGUCCUUCCUCCAUCGGCCACUGUUCCCUCCAAUGCUCCUCGACCACCUCAGCCUCAAUAUGUCCCUGCGCCUGUUUCAAUGCCCCAAUCGGCUCCAAUGCCCGUCCAAAUGCCAACCCAUAUGACUGCUCCUCGCAUCAAGACUGAGCCAGGCUCAAAUGGCCAGUCCAUGCCGCACAUGACCCCCCAAAUGCCCCCGCAUAUGAGCAACCCUCAGUCGGCUCGCGACCGUGCUGCAAGCCAUCUUCAGCAGAAGUACGGCACUGCUGCUGCGAACUCCGUUAGCCAAAUGCAGGCUCAAGCUCAGGCUGGACAAGGGUACCCUCAGAUGCACCCCACUGCCCAUGGACAGAUGCCACCAAUUAAGACGGAACACGGCUACCCACCUAUGGGUCCCGGGCAGACCGAUGGUGCUGGUGAUGAUUCCCUUACCGACUGGAAGGCAGAGGUAGCUCGUCGCCGGGCAGCUGCCGCGGAUGGAGAGGGUGACCGCCUCCUGCGCGAGCACCUCAAGCAGCGCAUGAGCCAGUUCGAAGGAGGUGGUCUCCUACGGCCCCUGGACGAGCACGAGUCUUCGGCCAAGGUAGCUUACCGAGAGGCUCUUACUGCGCCUCUCAACGAAGCUUGGGGGUCAUCCUCAUCUGUUACUCAGCUGCACGGUCAAUAUGAUGGUGCUGACGGGGAAGUUAAGGAAGAAGAUGAGGACGCGAUCAACUCAGACCUGGAUGAUCCCGAUGACCUUGUUGCCGAUGACCACGACCAAGAUGAGUCAGAAGGCCAAGUCAUGCUUUGCACAUACGACAAGGUCCAGCGCGUGAAGAACAAGUGGAAGUGCACCUUGAAGGACGGUAUCCUGACCACUGGUGGCAAGGAGUAUGUCUUCCACAAGGGCCAAGGCGAGUUCGAAUGGUAA